AUGUCCACCAGUCCAAACUUGGGACACAAUUUGUUCACAAGUCCAAACUUGGGACACAGUCUGUCCACCAGUCCAAACUUGGGACACAAUUUGUCUGCUCCAAACUUGGGACACAGUCUGUCCACCAGUCCAAACUUGGGACACAAUUUGUUCACUGCUCCAAACUUGGGACACAUCCAAACUUGGGACACAGUCUGUCCACCAGUCAAACUUGGGACACAAUUUGUUCACCAGUCCAAACUUGGGGACACAGUCUGUCCACCAGUCCCAAACUUGGGACACAGUCUGUCCACCAGUCCAAACUUGGGACACAAUUUGUUAACUGCUCCAAACUCAGGACACAGUCUGUCCACCAGUCCAAACUUGGGACACAAUUUGUUUACUGCUCCAAACUUGGGACACAGUCUGUCCACCAGUCCAAACUUGGGACACAAUUUGUUCACCAGUCCAAACUUGGGACACAGUCUGUCCACCAGUCCAAACUUGGGACACAGUAUGUCCACCAGUCCAAACUUGGGACACUGUCUGUCCACCAGUCCAAACUUGGGACACAAUUUGUUCACUGCUCCAAACUUGGGACACAGUCUGUCCACCAGUCCAAACUUGGGACACAAUUUGUUUACUGCUCCAAACUUGGGACACAGUCUGUCCACCAGUCCAAACUUGGGGUUCACUGCUCCAAACUUGGGACACAGUCUGUCCACCAGUCCAAACUUGGGACACAGUCUGUCCACCAGCCCAAACUUGGGACACAAUUUGUUCACUGCUCCAAACUUGGGACACAGUCUGUCCACCAGUCCAAACUUGGGACACAAUUUGUUCACCAGUCCAAACUUGGGACACAGUCUGUCCAAAGUCCAAACUGGGACACAAUUUGUUAACUGCUCCAAACUCAGGACACAGUCUGUCCAAGUCCUUGGGACACAAUUUGUUCACUGUCCAAACUUGGGACACAGUCUGUCCACCAGUCCAAACUUGGGACACAAUUUGAGUCCAAACUUGGGACACAGUCUGUCCACCAGUCCAAACUUGGGACACAGUCUGUCCACCAGUCCAAACUUGGGACACUGUCUGUCCACCAGUCCAAACUUGGGACACAAUUUGUUCACUGCUCCAAACUUGGGACACAGUCUGUCCACCAGUCCAAACUUGGGACACAAUUUGUUUACUGCUCCAAACUUGGGACACAGUCUGUCCACCAGUCCAAACUUGGGACACAAUUUGUUCACUGCUCCAAACUUGGGACACAGUCUGUCCACCAGUCCAAACUUGGGACACAGUCUGUACACCAGACCAAACUUGGGACACAGUCUGUACACCAGCCCAAACUUGGGACACAAUUUGUUCACUGCUCCAAACUUGGGACACAGUCUGUCCACCAGUCCAAACUUGGGACACAAAUUUGUUCACUGCUCCAAACUUGGGACACAGUCUGUACACCAGUCCAAACUUGGGACAAAUUUGUUCACUGCUCCAAACUUGGGACACAGUCUGACAGUCCAAAAAUUUGUUCACCAGUCCAAACUUGGGACACAGUCUGUCCACCAGUCCAAACUUGGGACACAGUAUGUCCACCAGUCCAAACUUGGGACACUGUCUGUCCACCAGUCCAAACUUGGGACACAAUUUGUUCACUGCUCCAAACUUGGGACACAGUCUGUCCACCAGUCCAAACUUGGGACACAAUUUGUUUACUGCUCCAAACUUGGGACACAGUCUGUCCACCAGUCCAAACUUGGGACACAAUUGUUCACUGCUCCAAACUUGGGACACAGUCUGUCCACCAGUCCAAACUUGGGACACAGUCUGUACACCAGCCCAAACUUGGGACACAAUUUGUUCACUGCUCCAAACUUGGGACACAGUCUGUCCACCAGUCCAAACUUGGGACACAAUUUGUUCACCAGUCCAAACUUGGGACACAGUCUGUCCACCAGUCCAAACUUGGGACACAAUUUGUUAACUGCUCCAAACUCAGGACACAGUCUGUCCACCAGUCCAAAUUUUGGACACAAUUUGUUCACUGCUCCAAACUUGGGACACAGUCUGUCCACCAGUCCAAACUUGGGACACAAUUUGUUCACCAGUCCAAACUUGGGACACAGUCUGUCCACCAGUCCAAACUUGGGACACAGUCUGUCCACCAGUCCAAACUUGGGGGACAUUUGUCUGUCCACCAGUCCAAACUUGGGACACAAUUUGUUCACCAGUCCAAACUUGGGACACAGUAUGUCCACCAGUCCAAACUUGGGACACAAUUCUGUCCAAACUUGGGACACAGUCUGUCCAGUCCAAACUUGGGACACAAUUUGUUCACUGCUCCAAACUUGGGACACAGUCUGUCCACCAGUCAAACUUGGGACACAGGACACAGCCCAAACUUGGGACACAGUCUGUACACCAGCCCUUGGGACACAGUCUGUACACCAGCCCAAACGUGGGACACAAUUUGUUCACUGCUCCAAACUUGGGACACAGUCUGUCCACCAGUCCAAACUUGGGACACAAUUUGUUCACAGCUCAAACUUGGGACACAGUCUGUCCACCAGUCCAAACUUGGGACACAAUUUGUUCACCAGUCCAAACUUGGGACACAGUCUGUCCACCAGUCCAAACUUGGAACACAGUCUGUCCACCAGUCCAAACUUGGGACACAAUUUUUCACUGCUCCAAACUUGGGACACAAUCUGUCCACCAGUCCAAACUUGGGACACAAUUUGUUUACUGCUCCAAACUUGGGGACACAGUCUGUCCACCAGUCAAACUUGGUCACAAUUUGUUCACUGCUCCAAACUUGGGACACAGUCUGUCCACCAGUCCAAACUUGGGACACAAUUUGUUCACCAGCCCAAACUUGGGACACAGUCUGUCCACCAGUCCAAAACUUGGGACACAGUCUGUCAGUCCAAAAUUGGGACACAAUUUGUUAACAAACUUGGGACACAGUUUGUCCACCAGUCCAAACUUGGGACACAGUCUGUCCACCAGUCCAAACUUGGGACACAAUUUGUUCACUGCUCCAAACUUGGGACACAGUCUGUCCACCAGUCCAAACUUGGGACACAAUUUGUUCACUGCUCCAAACUUGGGACACAGUCUGUACACCAGUCCAAACUUGGGACACAAUUUGUUCACUGCUCCAAACUUGGGACACAGUCUGUCCACCAGUCCAAACUUGGGACACAGUAUUUCCACCAGUCCAAACUUGGGACACAGUCUGUCCACCAGUCCAAACUUGGGACACAGUCUGUCCACCAGUCCAAACUUGGGACACAGUCUGUUCACUGCUCCAAACUUGAGACACAGUCUGUCCACCAGUCCAAAUUUUGGACACAAUUUGUUCACUGCUCCAAACUUGGGACACAGUCUGUCCACCAGUCCAAACUUGGGACACAAUUUGUUCACCAGUCCAAACUUGGGACACAGUCUGUCCACCAGUCCAAACUUGGGACACAGUCUGUCCACCAGUCCAAACUUGGGACACUGUCUGUCCACCAGUCCAAACUUGGGACACAAUUUGUUCACUGCUCCAAACUUGGGACACAGUAUGUCCACCAGUCCAAACUUGGGACACAAUUUGUUUACUGCUCCAAACUUGGGACACAGUCUGUCCACCAGUCCAAACUUGGGACACAAUUUGUUCACUGCUCCAAACUUGGGACACAGUCUGUCCACCAGUCCAAACUUGGGACACAGUCUGUACACCAGCCCAAACUUGGGACACAGUCUGUACACCAGCCCAAACUUGGGACACAAUUUGUUCACUGCUCCAAACUUGGGACACAGUCUGUCCACCAGUCCAAACUUGGGACACAAUUUGUUCACAGCUCCAAACUUGGGACACAGUCUGUCCACCAGUCCAAACUUGGGACACAAUUUGUUCACCAGUCCAAACUUGGGACACAGUCUGUCCACCAGUCCAAACUUGGGACACAGUCUGUCCACCAGUCCAAACUUGGGACACAAUUUUUUCACUGCUCCAAACUUGGGACACAAUCUGUCCACCAGUCCAAACUUGGGACACAAUUUGUUUACUGCUCCAAACUUGGGACACAGUCUGUCCACCAGUCCAAACUUGGUCACAAUUUGUUCACUGCUCCAAACUUGGGACACAGUCUGUCCACCAGUCCAAACUUGGGACACAAUUUGUUCACAGCUCCAAACUUGGGACACAGUCUGUCCACCAGUCCAAAAUUGGGACACAGUCUGUCCACCAGUCCAAAAUUGGGACACAAUUUGUUAACUGCUCCAAACUUGGGACACAGUCUGUCCACCAGUCCAAACUUGGGACACAGUCUGUCCACCAGUCCAAACUUGGGACACAAUUUGUUAACUGCUCCAAACUUGGGACACAGUCUGUCCACCAGUCCAAACUUGGGACACAAUUUGUUCACUGCUCCAAACUUGGGACACAGUCUGUCCACCAGUCCAAACUUGGGACACAAUUUAUUUACUGCUCCAAACUUGGGACACAGUCUGUCCACCAGUCCAAAAUUGGGACACAGUCUGUCCACCAGUCCAAACUUGGGACACAAUAUUCUUCAUGACCCAGAAUUUGUAAAUGCAUCAAUUAAAAUUGGUAUUGUGGGUUCACUGAAAAAAUUGCUCUCUGACCCUGAUAUCACAGUUCGACAGAAAAGCACUGAAUGUCUCUUUAUCAUCGCUUGCUGUGCAGUUGGAAGAAUUGCUUUGAUUAGACUUCAAGUGAUUGCUCCCAUUUCUAAAUUAUUUGAUGAUCGUGAAAUGAUUUCCCGUUUCAAUGCACAUAAAGUCAUAGAAAUGGUUUCAGAAAAUCCUCUUGGAGCCCUCGGCAUUGUUGAUGCUUCUUUGGUGCCAGUUUUAGUAAAUAAUUUGUUGCCAGAAGAUGAUAGCAUAAAGAUUUUUAUCCUUGACACUCUACAUUUCUGUCUAAUGGUCAACACAGAAGAUGCUCUAAAUGCCGAUGCUAUGACUAUUUUUAAAUCACUUCUCCCUCAUCCUAUCAGUAAUAUCCGAAUGAAAGCUGCCAGGAACAUUAUGAACCUGAGCGUUCCACUUCGUGGUAAAAUUGAAGCAGUUAAACAAGGUGUAGUUUCACCUCUUAUACUUCUCCUCUCCGAUGAUUAUGCUUUCGUUAGAGCCAAGGCUGCUGGAGCACUCAGCAUGAUCGCAAUUACCACAGAAGGCAAAUAUGCUGCUUUGUCAGCUAUUGAUCGACUUGUAGACCUUGUCAGUGAUGAAGUCAGUGAAGUUAGAUUAAAUUCUUUAAAAGUAUUGACUUCUUUAUCUGAAGCUCCUGAAGGACGGCGCACAUUAUUAAGUUACGUGAAGAAAAUUGAAAGACUAACUUUUGACCUAGUUCCUGCAGUAGUGAAAGCCGCUGAAAUCGCUGUCAAAGUAAUUACUUGGAAACCAUAA